AAUAACAUUACCACAAAAAUUGUCAAUACCAUCUCCACCGCCAACUCCAUUAAUAUUUCAAACAUCAUUGCAAGAUGAAGAAAUUGAAGCAAUACCAUUACCAGCUUCACCAACUCAAACUACAGAGGAUGAAAAAAAUACUACAAAGGAGCAGGAUAUUACAAGUCCAGAACAGAAAGACAAAAGAUUUAAAUGGGCUGAUAAGUAUAGGCCUAACGCUCUUAAAGAUUUUCUAUGCAAUAGAAAUACUGCACUUGAACUGAAGGCUCUGGCAGAAACAGAUGGCAGUAAUCGUCAUUAUAUAUUUGCAGGACAGCCAGGAGUAGGGAAAAGAACCAUGAUAUUUGCUCUGCUUCACGAAAUUUUUGGACAUGAUAAAUUACAGGCAAGAAAAAAGCGCAAGGUGUUCUACUUAAAGGGAGAAGCAGUGCCGAGCAUCCAAGUAAAUGUGAUGGAAUCAAAGAAACAUGUUGAGAUCAAUCUCGCUGAAACUAAAGGCUAUGAGAAACAUGUCAUCGUAGAACUAAUCAAUGAGAGAAAGCACAAAGCAUCCAUCAGAUCAGCACCUUGCCAUCCUGAUGACUGUAAAGCUAUCAUUCUUGGUGAAGCUGACAAGCUAUCAACAGAUGCUUUGCUAUAUACCAAAUGGAUGUUAGAGAGAUAUACAGGUUGUUAUAUGGUCUUCUUUUGCUGCAGUGAUAUCACAAAGCUCCAGCCAAUUAAGUCUAUUUGUAAGGUUGUUCAUCUCCAAAAACCUUCAGAUGAAGAGAUUGUAGAUGUCUUGGAAUUCAUAGCAAAACAGGAAGGAAUCGAACUACCACAUAAACUGGCAGCGCAGAUUGCUAGUAACUCCAAAAGUAACCUACGUCAAGCAAUUCGCUCUUUUGAAGCUACCUGGCGCUUCAACACUUGCUUGACUGAGAAUCAAGAAAUCAAGACAGGGUGGGAAGAUGACAUUGCAGAGAUUGCUAAAAACAUAAUUGAGGAGCAAAGCUCAGAGCAGCUAUACGAUAUCCGUGGGAAACUGCAGAAUUUGAUAGAGCACAACGUGUCUGCUGAGUUCACCUUUAAUACUUUGGUAGAAGAGCUAAAGAGUAAUUUGGAUGACCGAUUCCACAAGGAAAUUGACACUCUGAAAAUGAAGUACAAUAUAAAUUCAAAGGAUCUGGAACAGGGAAAAAGUGAUAAUGAUGCAGUGAAAAAGAUUGUUCACCAAUUUAUGAAGGUUGAAGAGUUCAUAGCUAAAUUCAUGAGCUGGUAUAAGACUUGUGUUCUGAAGAAAGGAAAUCACAAGCCCAUCCCUCCAAGGGGAAUAAUUAGUUUGGAAACAAGUCCAUUUGAGUGAUAAAGAAUUUCCCAAUCACUUUCUAUGACAAACUUGGUUAAUAACUCCUCGGUAUUUCAGUUGUAAAAUAAAGUGGCAAUCACACUGAAGUCUGAAGCAGACAUUUUAUGUUCUUAAGAUAUAAAAUUACGUAAGAUAAAUAAAAAAAGGCACUCAAUAAGUGUA